AUGAACAGCUCCCAGGAGCCAGUAUCCUUCAAGGAUGUGGCUGUGAACUUCACCCAGGAGGAGUGGCAGCACCUGGACUGUGAUGAGAAGACAAUGUACCGGGAUGUGAUGCUGGAGAACUACAGCCAUCUCGUCACACUGGGGUUUGAUGUUACCAAACCAGACGUGAUCAUCAAGUUGGAGCAGGGGGAGGAGCCAUGGAUAGCAGAAGGCGAAUGUCCAUGUCAGAGUUGUCCAGAAGUUUGGAAAGUUGAUGACGUGAUAGAAAAAAUCCAAGGAAAUGAAGACAGACAAUCAAGAUCACGAAUGGAAAUGAAGCCCUAUGAAUGCAGUGAAUGUGGAAAAUCCUUCUGUAAAAAGUCAAAAUUCAUUAUACAUCAGAGAGCUCACACAGGAGAGAAACCUUAUGCAUGUAAUGUAUGUGGGAAAUCCUUUAGCCAAAAGGGAACCCUUACUGUACAUCGGAGAUCACACUUAGAGGAGAAGCCCUAUAAAUGUAAUGAAUGUGGGAAAACUUUUUGUCAGAAGUUACACCUCACUCAACAUCAGAGAACUCAUUCAGGGGAGAAGCCCUAUGAAUGUAAUGAAUGUGGGAAAACCUUUUGCCAAAAGACACAUCUCACUCUACACCAGAGAAAUCAUUCUGGAGAAAGACCCUAUCCAUGUAACGAGUGUGGGAAAUCCUUCUCACGCAAGUCAGCGCUCAGUGAUCAUCAGAGAACUCACACAGGAGAGAAACUUUAUAAAUGUAAUGAGUGUGGAAAGUCAUACUACCGGAAAUCCACCCUUAUUACACACCAGAGGACACACACAGGGGAGAAGCCCUAUCAGUGUAGUGAAUGUGGAAAAUUCUUUUCUCGGAAGUCAUAUCUCACUAUCCAUCAUAGAAUUCAUUCAGGAGAGAAACCUUAUGAAUGUAGUAAGUGUGGGAAAGUCUUCUCUCGAAUGUCAAACCUCACUGUGCACUAUAGAAGCCAUUCAGGGGAGAAACCUUAUGAGUGCAAUGAAUGUGGGAAAGUCUUUUCUCAGAAAUCGUACCUCACUGUACAUUACAGAACUCAUUCAGGAGAGAAACCCUAUGAAUGUAGUGAGUGUGGGAAAAAAUUCCACCACAGGUCAGCCUUCAACAGCCAUCAGAGAAUCCAUAACAGAGGGAAGAGGAACGGACUUGAUGUGGAGAACCUCCUCUGA